UACCUUCAAGUUGGUACAACGUGUAGUCUGACUGUGCAUGCCCGGUGUGCUGUAUAUGCUCACAUGGAUGAUACUGUAGUGGUGUGGAUAACGUUUGCAUCUUCUGCUUCUGCUAUUUUUUGGUGAACAUCGUACAUGUAAUGAACUUGAGUGUAGAGCCUACAUGUAACACUAUAAGGAGCUAUAUUGAUAGACAAUCACUCAACAUGUUAUUCCUAGAAAGCUUGGUAAAUGUUGAAGACUGCAUGAGUUUGAGUGGAAUGCCAACUCUUACCAGCGACAUGUCCAGCGGUAGUUCACUUUCACCUCAUGCCAAGCCUGGUUCACCUUAUUACUAUAGCCCUCACCACAGACGCAGACCACUUGUGCCUGAACAUCCUACAUUUACAGGGCCACCAAAACGAAGGAAAGGCCCCCCAGGGGGGUUAACAGUGUAUUCUCCUAAUAGUCAAGAGGACUAUCACCAUUCAUCCGAUCCAUCCAGUUACCCUUCCCCUAAGCCUCCAGGCAUAUAUCCUAACGAGUACUUCAUGGAUGCUGCUUCAGGCACCCACAGUCCACAUAGUACAGAUCCCUGGAACAGUAAUGGGCUGGCCCCAUCCAGUGCUAGCUUUCAUUCUACUUCCAUCUUAGGCAACUCUGCUUCUUCAUAUUCACAAUCACAAACUACAUACCCACCACAUGAACCUAUGGGCUAUGGUCAGAGUCAAAGUGGUGGUCAUGUCCACAGUCAUAGUUUGUCUCCCGAUCGUGAUCCCUUGAGUCUUCCUCCUAUGUCAACCUUUAGACCUGGGACAACAACCUCCUCCACGCAUCCACACUCUCCAUAUUCAACCUCAUCACCAACCAAUGGAACAGACACAACAUUAACUGUUAGAGGAACGACAAAUGUAAGUGGAGGAGGGGGCAAUUCACAAACAGGAGACACAUUGGGAAAGGCAUUAGCCUCAAUAUAUUCAGCCGAUCACACCAAUAGCAGUUUUCCUUCUAAUCCGUCAACACCUGUGGGUUCGCCCCCUCCCAUGUCAGGACCUUGGCCAAGAUCGAGCACUCAGGCAUCACCGGGGCCUUAUGUUGAAAGCCAUCUACAUUCACUGCAAAGUCGUAUGGAGGAGAGACUUGAUGAUGCAAUUAAUGUGCUACAAAGACAUGCCGAGGGAGCUCUUCAAGCCAUGCCUAAUCACCCAUCAGGCAUGGUGCCACCACCAGCACAUACAGGUGCUGCAGCAGCAAUCAACGUUGGCCCAUCAUUUGCUCCACCCGGACAAUAUAUAGAGUCCCACAUGUCAGGGUCACCAUCUGUGGAAAGGAAUGCAGUGGCAGGACCUGUGUCUGCAUCUGAGAUGAGCCAAACACAGCCUUUCAAUGGAGUGCAAGGGGAUAUGAUGAGCCAGAGUAUGGACACAGACCACAAGCCUGCUCCCAAACCGAAGAAGCCCAAAACAAGUCCAUCAAGUGACCCUAAGCUGAAGCUGAACAACUCAAAAGAUAGUCACGAUAAAAUGGCUGAAUGUGACGAUCCAUCAACAACACAAAGCACAAGGAAAGAAACGGUGCCAGCACCCAAGAGUAAAAAGCAGUAUGAUGAAUUUACAUCCGUUAGUGGUGAUGAAAGCGGAGAUGAUUCUUCGUUGACACCAGAGCAGAAGCACAUGAAAGAGAAGGAACGACGGCAUGCUAAUAAUGCUAGAGAGCGCAUCAGAGUACGUGACAUCAACGAGGCAUUUAAAGAGCUUGGCCGUAUGACAUGCAUACAUCUCAAGAGCGACAAGGCUCAAACUAAGCUCUCCAUCUUACAUCAAGCAGUCUCUGUCAUUACAAGUCUGGAACAGCAAGUUAGGGAGCGCAACUUGAACCCUAAAGCAGCGUGCCUUAAGAGACGAGAAGAAGAGAAAGUUGAAGAGAGGAACAUGGGUGGAGGAGGAGGUGGGCCACCAAGCUCAGACUCAAUCAACUCACCCCCUGGUAUGGGGUCCAGCUGGAGCCCAAGUUAUAUGUCUCAAUCUCCUGGAUCUGCAUGUAACCUCAGGCAACCUGCCAGCUUAUGAGUUCUGCAACACAAAUACCUUUUUUUUUACUGGAGUUGGCACAGAACUACAGGACGUAUAUACCACAGUCACACCUGCUCAACAGCUUUGAGAUUUGUAAAGUUUGGUGAUAGAACUGGGAAAGUGGUUGACAGAGGAGCAACUUGGAUUAACAUUGAGCUAUGAACACUGGAUGUGAACGCUUCAUUCAGGAUGUCACAAUCAACCAUCCUUAUAAGAGCUUCUGUGUAGCAUGCAAGGACUAUUGGAUGUUCACAUUGACAAGAGCUUCCUCAAAAAGUAGCAGUGCAAGCUACAACAAUCAGGUUCUCUUUAAAGGCUUAUGUCUAUAGUACCAAUUGGUGGAUAAAUCAGCCACCUAGGAGGCUUACACUAAACGAAUGUAGCAAGAACCAUGUAACAACCAUAAAGUGAAUGCGAUUCUAAAGAGGUCAGUCCAUAUAGAAUGAUUGAAUGACAAUAACUCAUUGACUAAUUGAAGAGUUUCAGGGAGCGUAACAAGGUUUAGCAAGAGCUGUUGAAUGGGUGAGCAUGCUAAGAGUUUGAUGUACGUAGAAGCUAAGGAAGCUAGCAAGCAGGUUUGGAUACACGUAGCAUCAACCAUUGGAUAGCUGAGCAUUCUAGAAGCCAAGUGUCAUAGCUGCUGUUGUUGAUGUGCAGGUUUCAAUCCAAACCUUUUGGUCUCAAAGUACAUAAACUAAUACAAAUGAUAUGUUUUUGAGCUUCUUUAAAGCUGUACAGUAUUUUGGGUGUCUUUUAUAAACCAUUUGUCUGUUGUAAAGUGGGAGUACUGCUAGUUGACACCAGAUUCACGACUGAAGAUAUUGUUUAUCUUGAACAGGUUACAUAGGAAGAUACCCUGCUUGUGAGGUUUCAAGGUGUUGUCAAUCGUGAACAUGUAUGAAGGAAUUAGUGGGCUUAUCACAGUUGACCUGACCACAACCAUGACAAAUACUAUAUGCUGCAUCAUUUCAGUCUGUCAUUCAACACGUAUCUAUAGUUCCAUCGUAAACAUCACCAGCACGACUUUGCCAAAUUGUAUUCAUUAUGUGCCGUUCUAUCUUGGUACAUUAAUAAAUUCUCUGUAAAUAUUAUUUUGUGCUGCAGUGUAUGGAUAAAAACAUGUCAAAGUGUCUUUGAAAAAAACAAAAUCCCCUGCUUUGAACUGAGAUGUUACAGUUUCAAUACAUGUGUCUAAUAUGCUUGUGUUAUUCGAAAGUGCAGGCAAUGCAGGAUUGUGGCAUUGUUUUUGGUGUGAAUGCUUUCCAUAUUGGGUGUUAGGAGCAAAGAGCAUCAUGAAAACAAACGCACAUUUCUAUCAUACUGUAAUGUAUGGCAUGUAUAACAUGAACUUCUACUUUUAUGGUUAGAUAUAGUAGGCCUACAUUAUUGCCACUUUUUACAUUUCGAGUAAACUUGAUAUGUCAGAUAUUAUGAUGGAACAUCCAUUUCAUACCACAAGAUAUAUUUUAAAUAAAAUGGUGUCUCAAAUUGCAUAUAUAAUAUAUAAAUAUAUAUGCUAUUAUUAAAGACCUGAAUAUUUUGUGUAUUUUUUUUAUUGAUUAACCUUAUGGCAAUCAUGACAAACCAAGAUUGAAUUAGUUCAGGGAUGUAGUUGAGUCCAGUCACAAGUCAGUCACAAGUAACAGUGGACUGUAAACAAAGGAAUGCCUCAGUCAAAGCUCAUUGGAAUAGCUCGUGAGUUGAACUGGGGACUCAAUGACUUGUGAUGGACUCGACCACAUCCCUGAAUGACUUAUUAUACUACAGAUUCUUCUCAUGGUGUUGCAUGCUGUAUAUCCUUGUUAUGCUGUGACUCUUAAGGUAUUGCAUCUGCUGUUAGACACCACUGUUAGACACCAGACAAACCUAUUGUGAGCAGAGCAAGACCUUAAGGUUAGACUGUCCAGUGUGUAUUUGAAAAAGUGCUUUGCAUCCAUGGCAACGAAGGAAAGAAUAUAUUUAACUAAGAUGCUUACCAGUCAACAUUGGACAUGAUGUAUCAGCUUAACUGUAAGAAUUAAGUAUAAAUGACAUGUCAGAUAAAACCUGCUGGUUUCAAUAUCAUCUGAAAAGCAGCUACAGUAUUUUUUAGGGUGUCUGUUAGGACAUCAAGUAUAAUGAUGCCUUUUGUUAUAAUGAUGCUGGCUUUCCUUCAACACUUCUUUCUGAUGUUGGGUUAGAUGGUGUCAUGGUAAAGUGGAAUAAUUUCCCUCAAAGCCCACUAUUUCCAGACAUAAUUGAAGGGCCUUGGUACCUGUACGUGAUGGCUGUACAAAUGUAGAUCUAGUUGACUUUCUUUACAAUGACAGAAUUGUAGUAAGCUUGAAGAAAUAUUUUUUACCGAAUGGUGUAGAAAUUGGAGUAGACAAGGUUAAUUUGUUUUUGUAUUUAUUUUACUUUUUAGAAUACUUUGUUACUUUUAAAAGGGACAUUCUUAAAUUUUGGCAGUUUGUGGAAAUUGAAAUACACUUUUGGGAAAGCUUUGUUUAAAUCUUGUUUUUAAUACCAAACCAAUGGGAAGAAUGACAUCACUUCUUGCAUCCAAAGGAAGUGGCCAGGAUGUUUCUACCUGAACAUGUAGUGAUUCACAACUGCAUGUCAAUAAAAGAAAUACACUGAACAGUGUUCCCCCCCCCCCCCCUCCACCCCAUCACAAGUAAGUUUGUCUUUCCUGGGAAUUGUUUAUAUAAAUGAAACUUGAAAAUUGUUGCCAGGGGACUUUCAGUUAGAGUGACAUGUAGACUAGUUGGCUUUGUUCUUUUGUUUUGGUUUUUAGUUGUAAUAAUAGUGCACACUUUACACCUGGGAUGUACUUGUGGUCAUCACAGGUGGAAUAGAAUGGAAGAUGGAGAUGGACAUUCUUAUUGAAUAUGACUACCACUUUGAUUUCCUCAGUUUAUUAAACGCGUGUAGAUUUGUGAUUAAUAGUGAUCAUUUGCACCAUUUGAUAGUUGAUAUUUGGAGAUUGUUUUAAUUUAGACUUUCAGUCAAAUGAGGAGUUAAUAUUCUUCAGACAAACAGCUAAAGAGUUGUUCUAUAAAUAACCUGAUAAAUAAAAGAAAAGCUGCACACCCAAACUGAAGUUCAGUUGCAAUGAAUUAGGUAGGAGAGGUUCAGAUUGUCUUGACUAUAUUGAUGAAGCAGGAUCUUUGACAUCUGGGGCACAUUUUUGACCAUGUUCAUAAAUUCCAACUGCACAGUAAGAAAUAAUAAAUGGUGUGCAUGCAAAUUUCACUCGGGAACAUAAAGGUAACUUAAAUGAAGAACUGGCAAAUUGAUGUAUUUUAGUUUUAAAGGGACUUUUCAUGGCAGGCUGUUGUAUAAUAUAUUUUGAAAGAGUUUCUAAUACAGCAAAAUGUAAGUCUAAUGUGAGUUCUGGUAUGUGGACAACUAAGAGCAAUGUAAGGUGUGUCACAACAGAAGUUUGCUUUUGGUUAUUAGAUUUGACGGGUCCUAGAUAUUGGAUGGCUGGAAGGUUUCUUGACUCUACCAUAUUGGAACGUGUUUAAGUCCAACAAACCCUCUUCUGCUGAUCUGGAGAAAAUGACAAAAAGGAGAAAACAUGCUGGAAUAUAUCAUUCACUUUCACCAGUUUUCCAACAAAAGAGUAUUUUUCCCCACAACCGCUUACUGUUUAAUAUCAAAAGAUUGUAUGCAUUAUUUUUGUAGGGUACUUUUAUUGCUGUAUAAAUACUUCACAUGCAGACCGGUGACGAGUGCCUGAUUUAGUGUGCAGGUCUUAAUCAGCAUGGGUUUGCUUGAAGUUGAUUUGCAAGACAACUGGUGAAGCAGUAUGUGAGGCAAUAUCAGCAUUUCAACGAAUUAUUAAACUUCUGAACAAUAUUAAGUGUGAUGCUGUAGACCAAACAUAACACUUAAUAUCUGAGCAACUGCCAACUUCCUCAUUGUCUAAACCCAAGUCAAGGCCAAUUAGUGUUAUUACCUUUUAAAUAUGUGUUACUGCUACAAACACUGUUUCUUUUAAAUGCCCUGCAUAUAUGAGCCCUUAUGCUUUAAGGCAUAGGGCAAUGGUUUUGUAUGGCUUGGGCAGGCAUCAGUAAAUCCUUUGUGCAUUCAUUGUUACAUAAUAAGAAAUAAUAAAGAACACCCUCUGAGAUACCCGCAAUACAUAACCUCUAACGUAUCUGUAUCAAAUACCAUGCAUAAGGAUUUUCGUCUUAAGUGUAUUUAAAAUGUACAAAGGUCAUCACAUUUUAAGUGUUCAAGACAAUAAAAUUUCAAGAGUGAUAGUAAAGAUAAUCCUCUCUUGGGAUAAUAUAUUUGCAUCUUUUGCCAAUUAAGAAAUGUAUUUAUCACAAUAUGUGGCACUAAUGUAAAUUUAAUUCAUUUAACAUUUCAAUUACAUGAAUUAUGUUAAUAAGAAUUUCAUUUGGCAACAAACAUGCAUCUGAAGUCGCACUUCCAUUUUGUAAUGAUUUAGGUCGAUGAGUAACUUCCUUGUUUAUGUUGAUUGGACGUGGCCAAUUCUCACUGUACUUGUUUAUCUGUUUCUUCAUGUGGAAGACAAAGCAAAGAUGUCAACUUCGUAAACUCAACUUGGAAAAGUGAUACUUCCGUUUUACUUAUUUUGUACUUUUACCACUUGACUUAUUCUUCUAGUUUUAAUUUGUUUUUGUGGUUGCUUUUGAAACUGUUUACUGGUUAGUAAAUUGGCAUUGAGAAAGAACAGACUUGUACUUUACAAGAUAUCAAUUUAAAAAGUUCUUGAAAAUUUGUAGUGUUGCAUGCCAUAUCCUGAUCCAACAUGCAUACCGUCAUACAUUCUAGCAGUACAAUGUACAUGGUUCAAAACGCACUUAUUCAAGAGGAGAAUUAUUUAACAUGAUACUUUGCAUUCUCUAGAUAUCCUAUUUAUACCUCAAACAAUGCCUGUUAAGAUUCAGAUGUAUCAUAUAUGCGUGAACCAUGAACUGAGUAAUAUAUUAUAUAGAUAACUACCACAACUGUGCCUCAUUACUCAUGUUGUUUUUCUCUCUUUCUCUCUGUUUUUGGUUCUGUGGAUAUUCCUGGGUUAUUCUCUCAUUAUCACCCGGCAUCUUUCAUUGUAAAUAGGCUUCUGUUUAGAGAAUAAAUGUGCCAUCUUUGUAACUGUCGUCAAACUUAA